AUGGCUGAGGAAACCACUCCUUUGAAUGGGUAUCAAGAUAGCGUCCAUGUUGGCGGUAUGACCAAGUCCAAUCGCGUUUUUAGCUCGAGACUGGUGAAGAAGUUUACCUACUUCGCUAUACCUUCAAUUUUCAUCUGUUUGAUCCUUUACAGAUUCUACCAGUUUGAAACCAAGAUUGCCUCAACUUCAUUACUUGGACCGACGUUGACUUUAAGAUUAUACACAAACAAUAUCCGUUACGACAAUAUCAAGUAUCGUGACCCUCAUGAGAAGUUGUGGACUAAGCGUCGUGUACAAAGUAUCAACUCAAUGGAAUUUAAUACAGCUAUAGGCCAUGCCAAUGUCAUUUGUUUACAAGAGGUGCUUGUUAAUCAAUUGCAUGAUAUUUUGAAAGGAUUGAAUGCCAAUGACGAUGAUGAAUGGACUUAUUAUGGAGUUGGCCGUACUGACGGACGAGAAGCUGGGGAGUUUGCACCUAUCUUGUUCAAGCAUAAGGACUUUCUAGUCUUGGAGAACACCACAUUUUGGUUGAGUCCUACGCCUGAAAAGCCAAGUAAAGGAUGGGACGCCGCGUUGGAAAGGAUCGUGACUAUGGUGACAUUUCAAAGCAAGCUCAACCCAUUAGUCAAGUUCAACGUGUUUAACACACAUUAUGAUCAUCGAGGUCACAUUGCCAGACGCCGGUCGUCGCAAUUGAUUGUUGAUAAGAUGAAGAAUUACAACAGUUAUCCUUCGUUCCUUUGCGGUGAUUUCAAUACCGAACCAAGAGAUGAACCGUACGGAAUCUUGACUGCAGCCGGUUUCAAAGAUAGUAGAAUCUUGAUUGAUAAGAAAUUUGCAUAUGGGCAUGAAACUACAUUUACUGGGUUUGAUGUAAGCAAUGAACCAUAUUCGAUUAUUGAUUAUAUUUGGUCUCCAUAUUUCACCAAGCCGCAUGUAAUAAAGGAUGGCACUUAUGACGAUGAAGCCGCUAAGGAGGUGAUGAAGAUGAACAAUUUCUACAAUUUGGAUCAUCAUGAAUACUACUCAAUUGUGUUGAAGCAAUUUGGUAUAUUGAGUAAUUAUUUGAAGGGUUUCCACUUUUCUGACCAUAGACCAGUGGUGGCUACUUAUGAAAUUGAAAGGACAAGAUUGUUUUAG